AUGAAGCCACAGAGCUCUGUGAGCUCGAAGAAGAAGAAGAAGAAGAAGCAUUCAGUAACGGACAUGAAGGGUCAUCUCAGCAUGCUCAAUGGUGAGAUCCAGAGCAUGCAUAGUGACAUGUCCGAGCGCCGGGAAUCGAAGAACGAACGUUACACCAUGAAGAUGAAUUACCAAUCCCAGAAGAACGAAUACCAGUUCCGCUGCAAGUCCCGUUUGCACGAUGUCCUUGCCACAACUGCCACACACCAACGCGAGCAGGAGGCCAAGGACAAGGAAAUCCUUUGCCUUCAGGCUGCAGCUGCCUUGCAGGAGAGGGAGGCAGAGACCUGGCACCUCAAGAUACUGUAUGAGACUAUGAGGCUUCAUGCUGGGGGUGGAGAUGUUCCUGGUCCCUCAUCAUCAUCAUCAUCAUCAUCAUCAUCAUCAUCCUGA